AUGACUGAUGUUACAAAUUUAGAAUCAUUAAGUGAACCUAAACACCUUAGUAUCAAAGAGGUGUCGGCAUUUGAAUGUGAACAAGAUUCCGAUGAUUCUGACGAUGUAAGAACGAUAUUUUUUAUUUUCAAUAAUGUUGAUAUUGAUUGGAGGCACGUUGAUAGGGCUUACUUAUUUGAAUAUACUCACACGUUUCUACAACUCAGCGGGAAAACUUUGGGACUCUGUUUCCACGAUGAAUUUCAGGCUCACAUUCCAUGUUUCAUUUUAAACAAUUUCCAUAGAGCAAGAGUCUGCACUUGUACUGGCGACGGGCGUUUGAAGAGAGCUUUUGCAAGAAUUUUAAGCAAAAAGACAGUGAAGACGAGAUUUCAAAGAGAGCGUUUGGCAGAAUUUUAA